GGCAACUUUUAAGGUGUUUAAAGUUUGAACCAAUGCCAAAACCACCUGCCUUUCGUCAUUCCUUGCAGCUUGCAGCUCGCAGCAUCGCCAUCUCAUGUUUCAACUACCUGAGUCCAUUCAUUGAUUGAUUUUCAAUCCACCGUUUCAUUCCCACAUCAUUGGUACCAGUGGUAUACGCGGCCACGUCUUGUUGCUUUGGCUCUCAAUUAGUUAUCAGUUCUCCAGUUCUCCAGUUCUCCAGUUCUCCUUACAAUUGGACUAAUUUAAUAGCGUGUUGCGCUGAGGGUCGCAUUUAGCCGCCUCCAUUCGAGAAAAACUCUUGUCGACAUCCAGUCUUUGCCAGAUUUCCAUUUCAGCCUUGCCAAUCUUCAAGAAAAUCUUCCGGUCUACACGUUUGCAACUCGUUUCGAAAGUUCCCUCUAUACGUCACAAUUCCAACUAUUUUGUUCCCGUUUUGCCAAAUUUUGUUCAAGUCACCUGUUAAUCGACGUUUUGGUGCGGGUACUAGCAGCGACGCCAUUCAAACGAUAUAGAGGCAUGUUUGCGCCGGUCGUCCGAUAAACGCUUCCACGCAUCAUAGCAAACACCAGGGUGCAAUUCCUUUCGUUCGGGCAUCCCAUUGCGAACGUAACUCUCAAAUCGAGGAAAUAUAGCCGAUCGAAUUCCAGCAAGUAGCCUCGCACCCGUUAAUUCACGAUGCCUUCAGCUAGAAGAGUACGCCUCCUCAUGAUGGUAGUGCUAGCCGCUGUCAUCACCACCUUAUUCUUCACAUCUCAGAUGCGGUCGGCAAUUCCCCACGACAACCGAACAGUACAUGAUUUCUUUGGCAAGACUAUGAAUGGCCUAGGUCCCCAAAAGGGUCCUGGGCAAGUUGUGAUGAGCGGCAAAGGAACGACCGUUGAUUCGACGGUAAAAGACAAGGAUGGGGAUGGAUCUGUCGACGAAGACGACGAGCAGUUGGCAAAAGAGAUGGCCGAUCGGUUACGUGCGGCCGAGCAGAAGGCCAAGGACUUGGCUAAUGCUAAGGCACCACUGAAGCCAGAUCCUCCGAGUGAGGUCAUUGGUAUAGGGAGUUCGGCUGGAGGGCAGAAGAAAGGCGCUUCCCAGGGAAACUCAAAGGAGACAGACGAGGAGAGCAAGGAGUCAGAGGAGGAUCGUGAGGUCGAAGCGACUCUUAAUAAUUUACUCAAGAAAUCACCAGUUGUUAUUUUCUCGAAAACGUUCUGCCCGUAUUCUAAAAGGGCAAAGGGCGUCCUUCUCGAGAAAUAUUCUAUCGACCCCGCCCCUUAUGUUGUCGAACUAGACGAGCAUCCCCUAGGCAAGCAGCUACAGGCGAAAUUGGGUAUUAAGACGGGACGCAAGACAGUGCCCAAUAUCAUGAUCAAUGGCAAGAGUGUUGGGGGUAGUGACGAGAUUGCCGAGCUGGAUUCGAGAAAGACCCUUAUUGACAAGUUUAAGUCUAUGGGAGGGAAACAGUUGUCCAUGAAGGAGCGAUUCGUCGGGAACGCCAAAGAGAAGCAGGAGUAAUGACAGACACAUGCGGACACCUAAACAACGGUUUCUUCUCGGGAUAUCUUGGGGUCACGUGAAUAUGGAACACGGUAAUAUGGACAAACCGUUGUCACCUGCAUGUAUGGCGUUGGGGUCUCUUUUACUGAGUACUAUUGUGUUGGGCAUUCUGGGUCUGGCACGGUAUAAGACUAUGGUGUGGUCUUCGGCUUUUGCGUUCUAGACUUACAGCUCUAGGACAAUUCUCGGUGUAUGAUAAUUUCGUACCUGUGUGAGUCUAUAUGGGCACGGGUCCAGAUAGGGUCUUCCAGCCGGCUUUCGAGGUUCGUUUAUGGGGCUAUCUUCAUACGAGCCGGUAAGCCAAGGUUUUUGGCCGAAUAUUCAGCUUGCGAAGAACGGCAUUGGAGAUUAAUGGCAACUGGUGAUACAAAGAUUAAGAUGCGAUUAUUCUUUGGGUCGCAACUGUAGCCCUCGCAACCGUAAAUAAAUCGUGAUCGUAAGAAUAGUAUCGCAGACAUAUCAUAUUUCCUAUCCUUCUAAUUCAAGUAUAAGCCGAAGGUGGCUAU